UAGUAGGUCUACACAGUGCAAACAUGUUUUAAAACAUAAAUUCAGAUAUAAAACAUAAUCUCCCAAACUAGGAUUCAGGAAUUCAGUUAAUGUAAAUCUGUACAUGAUUGAUCAGUCAUCAGGAUUAAUCUGACAUGAGCUUAGCCUAUUCUGUAGAGGAAUUUUAGAGCUUUAUUUAAUUUCCUGUAUUCAUAUCGCUAAAGCUCUUACAGGUUUAAAUGUAUAUGAUGGAUAUAAAGUUUAGAUCGAUGAUGGAAUCUGUAGCUGUGGCUAGUUUUCUGUUCAUACACAUGCUAACUGACUGCCGGGUUGUUUAACAGUAGGUGCAGGAGGUGGCGGUGUUGAGCACAUCAGGUCCAUAAAACCGUAGAAGAAGAAGCAGAAGAAGCAGAACAACGCCAAACCGUAGAAGAAGAACAAGAAGAACAUUCUGUCCUUAAUAAUAUUCUCUACGAACAAUAAUUAUGUGAUUAUGGCUUCUGCGUUGAUUAGGAAUUACUGUAAACCCCGUCACAUAAACAGCAGGACUUUUUCCUUCAUGUCGCAGCUCUCAGACAGAAAAGUUUUGGCACCCAUCAUUGCAGCUCUGAUCUGAAAGUUGAUUUAGGAUUUCAGCCUUGUAAGGAGUGUACUUUAUUUAAAACAACAACAACAACAACAACAACAGUACUAUAAAGGAAGGGGGUGUGUUUGGUCCUGCACACUUCUUUGACGCAUUUGAGAAGAGUGAAGCGUGAGUGUGUAGACGUGAAAUCAAAAGCACACGUGUGAACUUUGACUCGGGGACUUUGAUACAGAAUGGCGUCUGAGCAUCUCUGUCCUUCGAGAGCAGAGAAAUGGAAGAAAAUGCAGCUUCAGAGUGAGACGAAAGAACAAAACACAGGAGUCAGAAAUAAAAGUACGGUCCAGUAUGCCACGCGUCCCGACCUGCCCAAGCUCGCCUACAGGAAGCUGAAGGGGAAAAACCCGGGAGUCGUCUUCCUCCCCGGCUUCGCCUCCAACAUGGACGGCCAGAAAGCUGAAGCUCUGGAAGAGUUCUGCAAAUCUCUGGGUCACUCGUACCUCAGGUUUGAUUAUUCGGGCUGCGGAGCGUCGGAGGGGAAACUGACGGACUUCAACGUCGGCACGUGGAAGAAGGACGUCCUGUACGUGCUGGAUGAGUUAGUGGAAGGACCUCAGAUUUUGGUCGGCUGCAGUCUGGGCGGAUGGUUGAUGUUGCUAGCUGCUCUGGCGAGACCGGAGAAGGUCGCCGCCCUGGUGGGCAUUUCCACAGCCGCAGAUCAUUUUGUCACCGCCUACAACGAGCUUCCUAUUCAGACGAGGAAGGAGAUCGAGGAGCGCGGGUUCUGGUUGUUUCCCAGCCGCUACAGCGAGGAGGGCUCGUACACCCUGAGCGUGGACUUCCUGCGGGAGGCGCAGUCUCACUGCGUGCUGCAGUGCCCCAUCCCCGUGUCCUGCCCCGUGCGGCUCAUCCACUGCCUGCAGGACGCCGACGUCCCCUGGCACGUGUCCAUGCAGGUGGCCGAGCGCGUCCUGAGCAGCGACGUCGACGUCAUCCUGCGCAAACACGGCUGCCAUCGCAUGUCCCAGAGGGACGACAUCAAACUGAUCGUCUACACCAUCGACGACCUCAUCGACAAGCUCACCACGCGGGGGUGAACCGCACAGUGGGCGGGGCCUCCACUCCACAACAAUGGACGUCCGAUCCAAUCAGGGCUCAGCGUGGGCUUGAUUUGAGGGAAUUCUCUGUGUCCUAUUCAGUAGCUAGCUUGGAAUUUCGGCUAGUUUGUACAAAUAUCACUGCUAGAUUGUAGCUUUUUCUUUAACAAACACUUUAUUCACAUUUUAUUACACACACGUUUGAGUGUUACAUUGGUAAAUCCACCACUCAUGAAUAUCAAACUGAGCGCUAGCUACUUAGCAAAAAGCAACACUUGCUCCCUUGACACAGGAUUCAGCUGCUAGCUCAUUAUCUAGCAAACAGUCAUAAUGAUGACAUAUUGUAAUGUUUAUUAGCUAGCUAUGAAUGUUCAGGUUCUGCUCUAUCUGGCUGCUUGCUAGCUAUUGUAGCUAAUUGGCGGAACUAAUUAACAUUAGCAUAAAUAUCAUGACAUCUUUUUAGCCACUUUUAUUUUGCUGAUACACAGAGACUGCAAUAAUUCAGUACCACGGCUUUUGGUUACUUUCACUUCGCACCAAAUUUAUCUAGACGACCUUUGACCUGUGAAUUCUCAAACCUUGGUCUCUUGAGCCAAUAGAAAACAAGAAAAGAUUUUGAGCUUUUUGUGGGAUAAAAAAAAAUGGAGGAAAUGCUUAAUUUUUAGGUAAAAAAGAAAAAAAACCUACUUAGCUAGCUAGCUAAAGUUACAUCUACGUUCUCUCUAAUAUUCCAUAAUUGCUGGUUUUAAAUCACUAGUGAGGAAAAUAUCGUAGCGUAAAUGCGUGAGAACUAACAUAAGUUUGACGUGUGAGACUCGACGUUAUCACGUGAGUUUGUGUGCGCUCUAGAGUACGUUAUAAUGAGUUAGCUAUAUGCAAAAUUGGAAUGCGUUUUUUUUAUUUAUUUUUUUUAUUUUAUUUU